AUGUACCUUGGCAGCAUCGCUAUGUCCUUAAACCUGCCCACGCGAGCUGUGCCGGGGGCUGCGACGGUCGUCUUCGAACCGCCAUCAAGAUGGCAUUCCCGUGUUUGCCAGCAGACCGCAGGCAAGGCCUUGAGAGAUGUGACUCUUCUUGCCGGAACCUCUGCGGUCUGGCACCACUGGAGGCGCUGCCGCAAGCAAAGGGCUACGGCUACGACCGCUUGUGGGGUCAUUAGCGACGCCGCCGUCAUGCAAAGGCUGACCAAGGAAGAUGAACCUGAGAUCCAUCUUGGGAAGGGCCUGUUUGGUGCCUCGCAGUUGCAGGAGCUGAUCUCCCUGUGCGACGCCCGGCACGGAUUCGCUGCCAGUGUCCAGCGGCGCAAGGAUGGGGAAGUGGUGGUGGACCAGCACAGGACAUCGAGCUCUUGCCCCAUGCUUUGGCCACUGAUGACCCCACCGGAUCGCCUGCAGAUGCUGCGCGAUGCUGGCAACGUGGCUUUGGCUGAGCAGAUCGAGCAGGAGCUGAGGGCGGUGCAGGCCGUGCAGAGGCGAUGCGCCCAGGCGAUGCGAAGCAAGAGGUGGAUGCCGGUUGGAACGCCUAGGAAGAGAAGAGAGGAAGAGAUGCCUUUUUCCUUUGAACCUUGCGUAUGCCAUGUAUUGAACCCCCUCGUAGAUUUGAGCCAACCAGGCCAGUGUGAGACAAGUAGUGGCCCAGUGCUGGGCCGGAGAAUCGUUUGA